AUGGCCUACCUUAUCCGGUGCAAGGGUCCCAUUGAGCUGGAAGAGAAGUCGAGAAGCCGUGAGGAUGAGAAGCGAGCCACAUGGAGGUUCACUGGGUUGGGUGCUCGCCCGCUCAUCUGCAACCAACUCAGCCUCCAGGAGGGCGGCAACUACUCCAUCUGGCUGCAGAAAGCUGCGCAGAGAUCUCGAACGCCUCCGAUGAUUUUCGGUCAUGACUGGACUGACAAGGGGCAGAGGAAGCGCCCCGAACAGCGUUUUUGCUCCGUGGUGAAGGAAAGCGGCGUGGGAGGCGUGCUUGUGGGCAUGGCCCCAUGGCGUCGUCCCAAGGCCAGCGACUUGCAGUUCAGCCCGUCCGGAUCAAGAAGAAUACUCCCUAAGGACGUGCAAUUUCGAUCCUCUUUCGAAAGCCGGUUUGGCUGGAACCUGUUUGCCUCAUUAUGGACCACGGUCAACGAGCAGUGA